AUGCUGAAGAAGGUUCUCUUCGUUAUUGCUUUAACAUUAUCGAUUACAUUUGCAAGUGGUACAAAACACAUAACAUACAAUCAAAAUGCUAUUCAACGUCAAAACAAAAAUGUUGGACUUGAUUUGUGUCCAACUUGUAUUCGAUUUGCAGAAGAAUCAAUUAAUGUUUUGUUAAAUUUAAUUUUGGACACUGGUAUCAUUGGUUCAUGUGGUACAUUAUGUCAAGCUCUUGCGACUAGAACUGGUUCUCAAAUACUAGGAACAGUAUGUGAUUUAAUCUGUGAUAUUAUUGGUAUUGAUGAAUUUAUUCACAUUUUGGAAAAAGCUGAUUUAGAUCCAAUUUGGUAUUGUGAAAUGGCCACAAUGUGUCCAGUUAAUGAUCAUGGUGAUGCAAAAUUCUCCACAUUCAACAUUAUGCCAGCAACCGGAAGACAAGGAACAACAUUCACCAUUGAUUUUUCAUACAAAACAGUCAAUGGAACAGGCACCGGAGAACUCGAAAUUGAUAUUGACACUCCAGACAAAAUACCAUUAGGAACAGCAUUCUUAUGGGAAGCAAAGAAACCCGGAACAUAUUCGGAAAAAAUCACUGUCAAAGCCCAACCAGAUCCACAGUGUGACCCAACACAAGGACCAUGUGAACAAUGGUUACCAGGUACUUACAAUGUAACUGUUUACCUUUGCAAUGGUGAAUGUGGUUCAAAACAUCCACAUAGUUCAAUCUACGAUGUUGCCAAAGGUUCAUUUAUGCUUACCAGAUAA